UGCCGAUAUAAUUCUGUUAAUUCUGCGGUUCAUGCUAAUCUACCGUGGAACUGCUUAGGCGAGGUUGCGAGUUAUUUCGAACUAUUUUGCUUCCAGAUUAUUUCACUGAUGCUUAUGUUGAACAGCGUUGAUCUUUUAUUUUUUCUACCAAAUCUGGUGGUAUUCAUCGCUCGUCUGCUGAAAAUGCAUGAAGCGCGGCUGUACAACGCUUACGCAAAAUUGAUCACUUUUUCAUGCGCUCUGGAUAUUCUGGUGAUUGUGCUACGUCGACAGGCUGAUAUCACUCGCGAGCUGCUCCAACGAUUUCCAUUUCUUAGCUGCUUUCAUUUUCUAGUGAAAGUACGAACGAAGCCAACACCUGUAACAACAGUACGACGAAAUAACUAUUCGCUUCGCUGA